GCAAAGUGGCCACCUGCGUUACAGUAUUAAGCGUGCAUACAUAUUGUUGUUGCAUCAAUUUUGCAUGUGCUUAUGCCUUUAAAUGCGUUAGUUUACUGUGAACACAGAGUCAGACAGUUAACGGGGUAAAACGACUUCGUAAAACUCGUAAAAUUGUCAUUAAAUUUUUCAAUUUGCUUUUGACUGUGUACUUCGUAUGGUAACGGAUAAAUAAUCAGCUAUAUGACUUUAUACGUAGGCGCAGGCCACUUAAAACGCUGAGCCUAAAGGCAAUGGCUUAUCUAGCGUGUAGUUAUGAGAUAAAUUGGGUAGCCAGAGCGUGACGGUUUCGGCGAAGCAUUUGGCGAGACCUUAUAUGUUCUAGCAACCUUGUAAUAAAAACUGGUUGUACUGAACUCGCAGGGUAUUGCAAAAAAUAACAGUUUUAGACAUUUUUUACAACCGUAUAGUAUAUCACUUAUGCAUGCGAUGUGUUAUACACUGCUUCAGGGAUUAGGCAUGGCACAACUUUUAUUCAGUUCAUUAGUUUCACGAGGUGUGGAAUCAGUGCUGGUAUAUAUUUGAUUGUAUCUCAAAAGUCAUGGACUUUGUGAUUACAUCGGUACAGCAAGUUACUGACGGAAACCAAAACCAAUCUUUGCCUGGAGAUAUUACUGUGUCGACUGAAAAUGAGUUUCGGUCAAACACACCGCAAGAAAGUUGGUCGUUUUCAAGCUGUUUCCCGAAAUGUGGAAUAAAUUCAAGAUAUUUCUGCACAUGUGGUCUAGGUGUCGCUUUGCUGCUUGCUGGAAGUUGUUGUUUGAUUCUGUAUUUUGUUCAAAGUCGAUUACUGCUUAUUCCAGCUCUAGCACUGUUUAUAGUUGGCAUAGUCGUUAGCUCAAUUGGAGAAUGGUACUGUAGGAUUAAGAUCCGCCACAGACAAGUACAGGCGAGAAGGGAACGCGAAAGAAUCAGCGACGAAGAUUGUGAGAGAGUCGCUCAAGCAGUACAGCGACAAAUUGCAGCACAGGCGGCUGCAAACGACCAGCCCCCAUCUUACUUCACACUCGCCGCCCUGCCGACUGUUUCGUCGCUUAGCAACGAUGCUUACGUCACAGACGAGGAAGAAGCGCCCCCCUAUACAGCUUACGAUGUCACGAAAGAUGUUUUACCAUCGUACAGUGAAGCUACCAAUAAGUUGCACAAACAAUAAACAAAGUAGGGAAACGUGAACGACGUAUUUGUUUUCAUACCAAACAUGCAUUUUUUCGUUAAUUGAACUUUACUUAAUACUCGCACAGCACGCUACGCCUUGAAAAUUCUGAAACUAAUUAAAUUGACCUCUGCUCUUUUUUGUAUUUGCCACUGUUCCAUUUUUUGUUGUGUUA